AUGUCGGUCAAUAAUGAUCAACCAAACGUGGCCGGUGUUGAAGGCGAUGAACCUCGUGCUGCAAGUUACGCUUCUAACAUGUUUCGCAUGGAGAUGCCCAAGGUACUCAUGAAGCGCCCUGGUUUCGGAACCCUUGGCCGUGCGUACAAGGUUACACUGAACUCCCAUACCGUCAACGCUUGGCCAAAAAUGGACGUUUAUCAAUAUGAUGUUGUUAUCGGCUCAGGCAAGGAGAAGCGAAAAUUGAUUCAACUGCUUUGGGAAUCAAAGGCCGUUCAGGAUAAAAUCGGACAAUUCUGGUUGUUCGAUGGCAACAAGCUUGCCUGGUCCGGACGAAACCUGCCCAAUGAGCUCAAGAUUGAGGUGGAUAUGGAUAAGGAGAUGGGUCGAAACCCUCGUAAGAAGGAUGGCAUAGUUGUCGCUGAUAUUCAUGCUGUUCGUAUUCGAAAGACGACCCAUAUUCGCUUGGACACAUUGCGCUCGUUCCUGGAUGGUACCCUUCUCGAAUUCGAUGACUCGAUCUAUUCAGCCAUAAACUUUUUGGACCAUCUACUCCGAGAACACCCUUCGAAGCAUCUUAUUAACCUCCGUCGAUCUUAUUUCCAACAACCAGAAGAGUUCAAAGGGGAUAUUAGGCCUCUCUUCACUGGUAUUGGCAAUGGCGUCGAAGCUUGGCGUGGCGUUUACCAAUCCCUUCGCAUGGCUGAGGGAAAGAAGCUUGUUGUCAAUGUCGAUGUUUCCAAUGCAACUUUCUGGAAAGCAAUGCCAUUGCAUACACUGUCUAUGGAGCUAAUUGGGGAGUUGAAUCCUGUGGUUUUCGAAGGAAAGCUUCGAAAGCGGAACGCUAAUGACCCGGAUCCAAAAGCGUGGAAGAUCCUCAAGCGCUUUGUCAAAUGCCAUUUCCACAUUCGUCGCCCAGGAACAGGAAAAGACCCUAAAACGAAGAUCAUUUUUAGGAUUCUCAACGAGAGUGCCGAGACCUACCGCUUUGACUGGGUCAAUCGUGAGACUGGACAGACAAAGAAUGUCAGCAUCGUCCAGUAUAUGCUAGAGAAGUACAAGCAUCGUCUUACGUAUUCCUACUUACCUCUCGUGGAGGUGAGGGCGAAGGAGCUUUAUCCCAUGGAGCUCUGUGAGAUGGCAUAUGGUCAGCAGUACAAGACCAAGCUCAAUGAGAACCAGACAAGCAACAUGAUUAAGUUUGCAGCAACCCGGCCAGCAAAGCGACUUGAAGGCAUUCGGGAAGGCCUAGGUCAUCUCAAGUGGGAUCAAGAUCCAUUUCUUAUGAAGUAUGGCUUGAAGAUUGAUCGGGAAAUGACUCGAUCAGAUGCUCGCGUCUUGGAUCCACCAGAGGUUCAAUAUGCUAAAAAUACAACUGCUAAGCCCGGCUACACUGGACGCUGGGAUCUUCGUGGAAAGGUUUUCUUGAAACCAAACCCAAUUCCCCUCCAAUCAUGGGGCGUAUGCGUCUUGACAGGCACAGGCGUUGAGGGAGGUGAUACACGCAAUGUCCCAUCCAUGGAUCAGACCAAGGCUUUUAUUCAAAUGUUCAUUAAGACUUAUCGUGGCCACGGAGGGAUCGUAGACAACGCCCAGCCACCUAUCAUUGGUGGAGUGCCGGACAUAGCUAAAGCUAUUGAGGGCUGCUUCUACGCAGCUGGCAACGCAGCUAAGAAACGACCACAAAUAAUGUUCGUUGUGGUCUCCAACAUUGACAAGAACGUCUACGAACGAGUCAAGAAGAACCUCGACUGCAAAUGGGGCAUUGUAUCCCAGUGUGUGACAGGUCAAAACGUUAAGAAAAAUUCUCCUCAAUACCACUCGAACGUGAGUAUGAAGUUUCACUGCAAGUUAGGCGGCACAGUCUCGAUGGCAAAGGGAAAGAAGCCUUAUUUCGAAGUGCCAACUAUGAUCCUUGGAGCCGACGUAUCGCAUGCUGGGGCUGGAAUGGUACAGCCUUCGUUCGCUGCUAUGACAAUGUCAAUGGACAUGACGGCUUCACGAUAUACUGCAGCUGUCGAGUCAAACGGAUAUCGCCAAGAAAUGAUUAGUCCGAAGAACAUCAACUCCUUUUUGCUACCACAAAUCCAGCGUUGGAUGGAGAACGUUGGAGGCGGACGCAUGCCAAAACAUGUCUACUACUUCCGAGACGGGGUCUCUGAGGCUCAAUACAUCCCUCUGCUUGAAAACGAGGUGGCCGAUAUCAAACAGGCGUUUUACGAGAAGUGCAAUAACGAGAAGAAAUAUAUGCCAAAGUUCACCGUUGUUGUCUGUGAGAAGCGGCACCACAUCCGCUUCUUUCCUCCUCAAGGCCCUGGCUCUGAUAAGAACGGAAAUCCAGUCCCCGGCACCCUGGUUGAGCGAGAUGUAACUCGUCCUUUUGAAUACGACAUGUAUCUCAACUCGCAUUCUGCUAUCCAAGGCACCGCUAGACCUACACAUUACCAGGUGCUCCUUGAUGAUGCAAAAGUGCCAGUCAAUCAGCUACAUCAACUCCUUUACGAGCACUGCUACCAGUACCAGCGCUCAACGACACCUGUAUCUCUUUUCCCGGCGGUAUACUACGCCCAUCUUGCUGCUGCUCGUGCAGUGAGUCACGUCAACAUUACGGAGCAAGACCGCUGGAUUCAACGUAAUGAGUCUGCAAAGCGACCAGGCAUGCCUCAAAUCGAUUAUCAAGCGAGGCCCGGUGAAACUCUUUCCGAACCUCCAGCACUACUUCCAAUGGAGCCUACAAACCAAAUCCAUUUCGCUAUGUGGUACAUCUGA